AUGGGCUGCUGCUCGGGCCGCUGCACUCUGAUCUUCCUCUGCUCGCUGCAGCUGCUGGCAGCAUUAGAGAGACAGAUCUUUGACUUCCUGGGCUUCCAGUGGGCUCCUAUCCUUGGCAACUUCCUACAAAUUAUAGUUGUCAUUCUGGGCUUGUUUGGAACCAUCCAGUUUAGACCUCGAUAUAUAGUGGUGUACACGGUGUGGACUGCCCUGUGGGUCACCUGGAAUGUUUUCAUUAUCUGCUUCUAUUUGGAAGUAGGAGGACUUUCUAAGGAGACAGACCUGAUGACGUUCAACAUCUCGAUGCACCGGUCGUGGUGGCGGGAGCACGGGCCGGGCUGCGUCCGCAGGGUGCUGCGCCCCUCCGCCCCUGGGGUCCUGGAGGACUACUCCUACAUCUCAGUCACAGGCUGCAUCAUCGACUUCCAGUACCUAGAGGUCAUCCACAGCGCCAUCCAAAUACUCCUCUCUCUGUUGGGGUUUGUCUACGCCUGCUACGUGAUCAGCAUCUUCCUGGAGGAGGAAGACAGCUUUGAUUUCAUAGGUGGACUUGAGUCAUACUCCUACCGACAGCCCCCCCAGGAACAUGUUGAGUUAAAGCCUGUAAAGCCUGUAGGUAAGGUUCUGGUCCUGUGGGCCACAUUAAUCCUUCUAACUGGACUGCAAGCUAACCUCCUCCUGAAACAAUCUGGGCAUCAGGUUACUAAUAACUUAAUUACCUUUUAAUCAGCACUUAAUUAAAAAUUAAUCCACCUCAACCCUGUGAGUGAGGGUCCUUUGGCAUCAAUGAGCUAGAUGCUAAAGCAAGGAUUAGGAGCUCUCACCCUGGC